GUUGGAGGCUGGUGGUUUUCCAGCCUUUUUUAAAUUGUCCUUAAAGCCAUCAAGUGUGGUGUUCAAGCCUUAUUCAGAUACCACCAAAAUGCCAUCUCCAGGAAAACAUCCAGGAUUCCCUCCCCAGGCUAGGAGGGGUCUGCUUCUUAGAUUCCCUGUGUCCUGUGGUUCUUUUUUGUAGUGUCCCCAAAUGAAGUGCCUUUGUUUAAGGCAUAUUUCCUCCAUAGUUCAUGAAGAUGGGCUGGUUCUCUACUCCCAAACCUGCUGCAGGGCCUGCAGCAAAGUAGAUAACCAGCACUCUAGAUUCAGACCUGGCCCAGCCCCUCAUGCUGCCCUAGCCAGCUGUGUGACCAUGGGCCUCCAUUGUCCUCAUUGCAAAGGGGGCCUCUUUUGGUUUAGGAGUCUAAUUCCUACAACUAGAUUCUGUUUAUCUUUUCAGGUUUCAGCUCAAAUAUCAUCUCAGGAAAGCCUUUCCACAGACAGACAGACACACACACACCACCACCACCACCACCACCCCCAAGCAGUUACUGAAAAAUGCAGUUAAAUAGUUAUUUGAGUACAUUUGAAUUGAACGUCUGCCUCCGUCACCAGGCCAAGCCUUGUCAGGACAAGGCCUGAGCCUAUCUUAGUCACUGCUGUGUCCUCAGCAUUGCCCAGCGAAGAGGGGUUGAAUCUUUGAAAUAAUGGUCACUUUAAAAACAAAAACUUCCAUUUAUGAUGCUUCAUUUCUAGGCCAGUAAUCAUACUUAGCAUUUAUAUACCUGUUUCCAUUUUAACCUGAAGGUACCCAGUGAAAAGCAGAAUCUUGGGGUCUCCAUUUUUUUCCUGAGAACUUCAGGAAUUUUCCUUUAAACUUGUCCAGCCAAGCCAUUCCACUUGAAGCCAGCCUCUGGCCAGAACUCUACUCCCGCUAGUGUUUUAUUAAAGAACAGUCCAAAGAACGGUAUCCUUUUCAGUGAUACACAGAUGGCCUUUUUAAUGGUUCUGUAUGUAGUUUUUUAACCUCACCCCCAAUUUUGUAAAAAUGUAGCUAGAACAUAAAACCCAUGAUUGUGCACAUAACAUUGCUUAGGAUGAGGCAAAAGUAGGUAUAUCUUUCACAGGAUGUUAAAAGAUACAGGUGGGUAACAAAAUCAGCUGCUAUGGUUGCAGCGUAAUGAGGGAGGUGGGUAGGCAGCCCUGAUUAGCUUGAAAAAACACUAAUGAAUGCCACUCUGACAAGAUAAAUAUUUCUUAACGUGAACCCAGGCCUAAAAGAGGAAGAGGCUGAUGUGGGUUAGAACUUGGGGACCUGUCUUUCCGGCCCCAGUCCACCUUGCACUGCACCCGAUAUGGGAAUUAAAAAACAUAAGGGUCUCCAGAGCCUGGUUGGGCCUAUCAGGUAGUAAGCACUCUUAAGGUUGGAGAAAGGUGGUCUGGUGCUAGCUCUCCUACAGAAACGACGCCCACCUCAACUCUUGCUUGCCAGCUCUGGCCUCCUUUCCUUCCCCCAAAUUAGGGAGCAGUAGAGGGUGGCGAUCCCCUCAACUCUGUGCUUUGAAAACAGGGGAAGAGCCCCCAGAAAUUAACCAGUGUGAGGGUCGGGCGUACGACUGGCGGCAGGAACCGGGAACCCCCCCCCGCCCCGCCGCCAACCUCCCAGACAGCGGAAGUGCGUCAGUUUCUUCGCCCCGUAGAGCAUUUUGGGAAUUGUAGUGAAAUUAGGGGGCGGAGAAACUGGCAACGUAACCCUUUGGAGACCAGAGUGCGCUCGCAAAGCUGGAACUGAGUUGAAGGGUGUUCGACCACUCCCUUUAGCAGAUGGGGCAACUGAGGCAGAGUCCCGGCCCAGGGCUUUUAGUCCUCUCUUUUCUCCGGCUAUUGCCGGCCCGGGUCAAGUCUGAUACCCAAGAUUCUAGGGAAGACGUAGUGCCAAGUAAACCCUCACCACCACCACCACCACCAAACUGCCGGCUGCCUGUCCCCUACCCAGAAACCAUCCAAUCAGGGUCCCUCCACUCCGCCCCCGGAGCGGCUGCCUUCCUAACCGGUCAUUGGCCUACUUUUGAUGGGAAGGGGAACAGCCUCAGAGAGGGCAAGAUUUUUGCUUAAAGCUGCACAGCAAGUCGGAGCAGAAACUGGGCGCCUGGAAGCCUGUCCACCCCAUACAAUGUCUGAAUCCGUGGUAGUUCUGACCAUUCGUAUCACAUCUCCGCCUCCAACCCUUGCGUCCGAACUCUUCGGAACGCGCCAAACUCCUGCCUUUGGCGAGGAUUGGUAAGGGUGGCGCUGCAGAGAAGCGGCGUGCCCCUCCCACCUUUCCCUUCCCUGGCUGCCUGCCUGAGGUCCCCUUUAAGAACCGGCCCCGGCGGGACUACGUUUCCCAGAAGGCUUUGCCGGUGCGUUAUGUAACUUUCCCUGCGAAGCGGCCUCUGGGGCAGAAGGAGGUGGAGGCGGCGGCGGCCGUUGCAGCGGCGGCGGCGGCGGCAGCGGCGGCGGGAGCGGCGGGAGCCCGAGGCGGCGGCGCCCGCGGCCCAUCGCUGGGCCGGAGCUGUGCUCCUCGGCCCGGAGCCUGGACCCGGCGGGGGCGGUGACGUGCCUCUGCCUGCCAUUUCAAGGAGGCGGGAGUGAGGAAAAAGGCUUAGGGCCCAGGGGGCGGGGAAGGGGGGCCGGGCCUGGAUCGGCGGGGAGGCCGAGCCGGAGGCCCGACGGUGGCUCGCGCUGUCCUGGGGACACGAAUCGAACGUUGACGGCGCGGAUCGAACGUCGGCGGCGGGUGGAAAGCGGUGCCCGGCCGCGCGCGCGCGGGGACCAUGGCGUCGGUGCAGGCGUCCCGCCGCCAGUGGUGCUACCUGUGCGACCUGCCCAAGAUGCCGUGGGCCAUGGUGUGGGACUUCAGUGAGGCCGUGUGUCGCGGCUGCGUGAACUUUGAGGGCGCGGAUCGCAUAGAACUACUCAUCGACGCUGCCCGCCAGCUCAAGCGCAGCCACGUGCUCCCCGAGGGCCGCUCGCCUGGUCCUCCGGCCCUCAAGCACCCGGCCACCAAGGACCUGGCUGCGGCCGCCGCACAGGGGCCCCAGCUGCCGCCUCCGCAGGCACAGCCCCAGCCAUCAGGGACUGGUGGCGGUGUCUCGGGCCAGGACCGCUAUGACAGGGCCACAUCAUCGGGCCGCCUACCCCUGCCCUCUCCUGCUCUGGAGUACACCCUGGGGUCCCGCCUGGCCAAUGGACUGGGCCGUGAGGACGCCGUGGCGGAGGGGGCUCGAAGGGCCCUGCUUGGCUCCAUGCCCGGCUUGGUGCCCCCCGGGCUGCUGGCAGCUGCGGUGUCUGGCCUGGGAAGCCGGGGUCUGACGCUGGCACCCGGCUUGAGUCCUGCCCGUCCAAUCUUCGGCUCUGAUUUCGAGAAGGAGAAGCAGCAGAGGAAUGCAGACUGUCUGGCAGAACUGAACGAAGCCAUGCGGGGCAGGGCAGAGGAGUGGCACGGACGCCCCAAAGCAGUGCGGGAACAGCUGCUGGCGCUGUCUGCCUGUGCCCCCUUCAAUGUCCGCUUCAAGAAGGAUCACGGGCUGGUGGGGAGGGUAUUCGCCUUCGAUGCUACUGCUCGCCCACCAGGCUACGAGUUUGAGCUGAAGCUCUUCACCGAAUAUCCCUGUGGUUCUGGCAACGUGUACGCAGGAGUCUUGGCCGUGGCACGCCAGAUGUUUCAUGAUGCUCUGCGGGAGCCUGGCAAGGCACUGGCCUCAUCAGGCUUCAAGUACCUCGAAUAUGAACGCCGGCACGGCUCUGGGGAAUGGCGCCAGUUGGGGGAGCUGCUAACCGAUGGUGUUCGCAGCUUCCGUGAGCCAGCGCCUGCCGAGGCCCUGCCCCAGCAGUACCCAGAACCGACUCCUGCAGCUCUGUGUGGCCCACCCCCGCGAGCCCCAUCUCGCAACCUGGCUCCUACAGCACGUCGUCGCAAGGCGUCCCCCGAGCCUGAGGGCGAGGCGGCUGGGAAGAUGACCACCGAGGAGCAGCAGCAGCAACAGCAGCGACACUGGGUGGCACCCGGUGGUCCGUACUCCGCUGAGACCCCUGGUGUGCCCUCACCCAUCGCUGCCCUGAAGAAUGUGGCCGAGGCCCUGGGCCAUUCUCCCAAGGACCCUGGCGGGGGUGGGGGCCCUGGGCGUGCAGGGGGUGCCAGCCCAGCAGCCUCCUCCACGGCCCAGCCUGCAGCCCAGCAUCGCCUAGUGGCCCGCAACGGAGAGGCCGAAGUCAGCCCCACCACUGGGGCAGAAGCUGUUAGUGGGGGUGGUAGCGGCACCGGGGCGACCCCUGGGGCCCCCCUGUGCUGUACCCUAUGCCGGGAGCGGCUAGAAGACACCCACUUCGUCCAGUGCCCCUCGGUGCCCGGACACAAGUUCUGCUUUCCCUGCUCACGAGAGUUCAUCAAAGCGCAGGGCCCUGCUGGCGAGGUGUACUGCCCCAGUGGAGACAAGUGCCCGCUGGUGGGCUCCUCUGUCCCCUGGGCCUUCAUGCAGGGCGAGAUCGCCACCAUCCUUGCUGGAGACAUCAAGGUUAAGAAAGAACGGGACCCCUAGGCCACUACUGCCCCCUGCCUCCUUGCCACCCACCGCUGCUGUGGAUAAAUUAUUCCCUUCCCCACCCAGCCCAGUGCCACCCCCAACUGUGUAUAUACCCCCUUCCUCAUCCCAGAUGGGUCCCCUGGGGUAGAUGCAUUGGGGGGGGGGAGUUCGUGGCUUCUGUUUGAGGGAGUGCUUGGGGGUCCCUUGGCCCCUCCAAUUUCCCUCUCCUCUCCUUGGCUUGGCUUUGCUGCUGCUCGUAGUUGGGGGAGAGGUGCACCCCUCCUUGAGAAGGGGCCUCCUGGAAAUUUCGCUCUUUAUAAACGAAGCAAAAGCAUUUUAUUGCCCCUCCCCUCCCCUCCCCUUUUCCUCCUUCAAUAAAUCGAAAGAUGGUUUUUUUUUUUCC